AUCCAGCUGCUCGGAGAAAAUUCUAGAUACCGGCUUGAUGAUUUAAAAAGAGCCGAAGCGCUCAUCGUAGUCUAAUCCCGUUGUUACCUUACUGGAGUUGCUCUCUAUAGCCUAUUGUUGAGCGUUUAUUAAACAAGUGUGUUUAGCUGCAGUUAUUAUCUCACGAAGCGCAUUUCAUUGAAAUUAGUGAGAGUAUUUUUAUUAUUUGAUUCAAAAUGUUUUCCAUGCUGCCAUUGAUGUCACGAAAUUCCUGGUGGGAUGCCUGGGAUUAUCCAUCAACUUUACAAGACCAGAAUUUUGGAAUGGGUCUGCUAGAUUCGGAUCUUCUACCACCUCGUUUAUAUCGUGGAUAUGUUCUUCGUCCUCGUACUCAGGGAAACCUCGAUUCGUCUGGACAGUCUGAAGUAAAGAACGAAAAAGAUAAAUUCCAAGUAAUGUUGAAUGUCAGCCACUUUAAGCCAGAGGAGAUCGACGUCAAAACAGUGGACAACACCAUCGUCAUCCAUGGUAAACACGAGGAGAAAUCUGAUGAACAUGGCUUUAUAUCCAGAGAAUUUACCCGACGUUACAUGUUGCCAGAGGGCACCGAACCAGAGACUGUGAAAUCUACCCUUACUCCUAAUGGUGUUUUGAUGAUUGAGGCUCCUAAGAAAGCUAUUGAACCACCUCCUAGUAAUGAACGUGUUGUGCCUAUUAGUAUUCAGAAACCUGAAGCCAAUUAGUGACUCUAAACUGUUAUGAACUUUUUCAUUUUUAAAUAAUUCAUCAGUAAGUGACUUUUCAUUUUUCUGUUGUGUCAAGUUAUUUGGAAGACUUUAUUUGAUUAAUUUCAUAUUUGAUUUAAAAAAAACUUAUAGCAUUAGUAUUAAUUUGUCUUAAAAGUAUUUGGUGCUUUGUUGAUUAAAGCUGCUAAAUGAACCAUUGCCAGUAAAUUGUGUUGAAUAAUAUGCAAAAUUUUGUGACCUCAUUGACUGAAUUCUGGAAACUCUUUAAUACUGUUCUUUGAUGAAUUAUAAUUUUUCUAAUCAAUAGCUAUUUCAGUAUAUGUAUGUUUUGUUUUCACGUGAGCAUUUUCUUAUCAGCUGUUCGUUUCACAUUUUAUGUAUAACUUUGUCUACUAAUAAAUGUUUACUAACUAGAA